CCACUGCACAGCAGCAUCGCCGUACGAAUGUUCARAAAAUCGUCCGACAAAGCUGGAACAUGGCCCAACGGAGGAUAUGCGAUAUAUUAUUCUUAGAACAACCAAACAGGAGAAAUGCCAUAAGAAUUUGAAGUUUCAUCUAGUAUGAUUCAAAGGCAGGUGACACUGACCCAGAACUUGUACCAGAACAGGUUUCUCGGACUCGGACUAGCAGCAAUGGCAUCCCCGUCACGUUCGUCCCAGAACCGCCGGCGCUGUAAGCACCCGAUCCGCCACAGCUACAAUCCCGAGCAGUUCCCUAACGUCAACUUCCAGAACGGCUUUCCCGAGGGCGUGGCGAUUAUGCACCGCUCGACCAGCGACACAGACCUGGUGACAUCACACAGCCGUUCAACGCUCACCGUCAGCACCUCGCUCUAUGCCAUCGGUCAGACCCAGGACAUCCUCAUCUGCUGGAACAUCAAGGAGGAGGUGGACGCUGGGGACUGGAUCGGCAUGUACCUCAUCGAAGAAGUUUCGUCUGAGAACUUUCUAGACUACAAGAGCCGCGGAGUGAAUGGUUCGCAUAAGGGCCAGAUAGUGUGGAAAAUUGAGGCCAACUCCUAUUUUGUGGAGCUGGAGACCAAGAUCUGUUUUAAAUACUAUCAUGGUGUGAGCGGGGCACUGCGUGCCACCACCCCCAGUUUGACUGUGAAGAACCCCUCAGUUCCGGUGUUUAAGCCCGUCACCAAUGAAGAAGUCCCCCAGAGCACAGGCAGCAGAAGACUCAUUAGCUUCUCCCUCUCAGAUUUCCACGCCACGGGGCUGAAGAAAGGGAUGUUCUUCAACCCUGACCCCUACCUGAAGAUCGCCAUCCAUCCCGGCAGGAACAGCAUCUUUCCAGCGCUGCCACACCACGGCCAGGAGAAACGCUCAGGCAUCGUCUGUAACACCAUCAACCCCCGCUGGCAGAGAGAGCGCUUCAACUUUGUGUCUCUGCCCACGGACGUUCUGGAGAUCGAGGUGAAAGAUAAGUUUGCCAAGAGUCGUCCCAUCAUCAAACGUUUCCUGGGCAAGCUGUCCAUGCCUGUGCAGCGGCUACUGGAGAAGCAUGCUAUUGGUGACCGUGUGGUCAGCUACACACUGGGCCGAAGGCUGCCGACGGAACAUGUCAGUGGACAGCUGCAGUUCAGAUUUGAGAUCACUUCCUCCAUUCAUCCAGAUGAUGAGGACAUGUCUCUCAGCACAGAGCCUGAGUGUGCCGCUGUGCAGGAGAACCAAGGGGAAGGCCAGUCCUCCCAGGCCCAAGGACAAGCAGAGGACACCAUGAGCCUGGGUCCGGGGGCUCCUGAACUCCCCAUGGAUGAGGAGGAAUAUACUGGAGCUCCAGAACUCCCUAUUGGAGGGGAUACAGAUACUGACACUCCCAUGGAGGGGGAUCCAGCAAGGCCUUCGAGUUCAAAGCAGCCCACAGAUGGAGAUGGAGACUCAGGGCCUGGCUGUUCCAGAGCUGAGGCCCAAAAACCAGAAGCAAGCAAACCAGAAGUCCAUGGUGCUCACGGGGAGGCAGUUGUGGCUGUAGCUGUUUCUGCAGAGAAGCUACCCACGGUAGAGGAAAACAGUGAGGAAGGGGACCAGCAGACCCCCACUAGUCCUCAGGCUGCUGUCCCAGAGGAGCAGAGGGCUAUUGGGCAGGAGGCUGAGUGGGCAGAGGGGGUGGACAGUGCCCCAGUAGAUGGUCAGUUCAGCUCUGCAGUACACUCUGCUGUAGUGCAGGACAUGGAGAGUGCAGCGUUUGGAGUCUCUCGAGGGCCAGCAGAACAGCAGGCAGUGGGGCAGGAAGAGGGGGGCGAGGACUGCUGCUCCCUGCGCGUCAGGACCACCCCUAGGCGUAAGAACCGGCCCUGCUCCCUGCCUGUGUCCGAGCUGGAGACAGUCAUCGCCUCGGCUUGCGGGGAGCCUGAAACCCCUCGCUCACACUACAUCCGCAUCCACCACCUCCUCCAUAGCUUGCCCUCUGCCCAGCCAGAGACCCAGGAGGACGGGGAGGGAGAGCAGGCUGAGAUGGAGCCCGACUCGGACCCAGAUCCAGACCCAGACCCAGGCCCUGACCAGCUAAGCCCCAGGGACCAGGAUGGCUCAGAAGAGGAUGAGAAGGCCGAGCCCCUGACCCCUGGCCCAAGGAGGACCCUGCCCCGCAGCCUGUCCAUCGAGCGUCUGUCCGACCUGGCCUUGCUGCUGGACAGCGAGGGCCGCCACCCCCAGGGCCAGGUCAGGGGUCACCAGAGAGUGUCCGACGAGGAUGACAUGGAGCCCUGCUGUAGUAACUCAUGCUACGAGGGCCGAGUAUGCCACACCCAGGCACCUCUACUGGCUGCAAGCAGGACAUCUGAGGGGAGCAGUGCUUUCUCCUCCCAAGAGGAUGAGGACAUGGAGGUGAACGGAGCAGAGAGCAGGGAGCCAGGAGAUGGGAUGCCCCAAUGGCAAGAGGCCCCAUCCACGCAGGUCCAGAGCCCCCAGAGCUUCAUGGGAAAUGGAGAGUCACCCGUGGCUGGGCCCAGUGGGAGGAUAGGACGAGAUUGUCCCUUACCUUCCAGUCAUCCUCCAGUUAGCCAGCUUCCUGCGCUGCGUCCUGAUUCCCAUCACUACCCCACCAUCGAUGAACCACUACCACCAAACUGGGAGGCACGUGUGGACAGCCAUGGUCGUGUGUUCUAUGUGGACCACAUCAACAGGACCACCACGUGGCAGAGACCCACCUCAGCAGCCACGCCCGAUGGCAUGAGGAGGUCCGGAUCCGUUCAGCAGAUGGAACAGCUCAAUAGAAGGUACCAGAGCAUCCAGAGGACCAUGGCCACAGACAGGAGUGAGAAUGAAGGAAGCAGAAGCAGGAGUGAGAGAACAAGCCUCAACAACAACAGCAGUGAGCCUGACUCUCCUCCAAUGGCUAAUGAGCUGAGAAGAGACAGCUCCUCCUCAUCAUCAUCAUCUCCAGUCAACAGUCAGAAAAUCACAGCUCUGCUACAGAGCCCAGCGGUGAAGUUCAUCACACACCCAGAGUUCUUCACUGUCCUCCACGCCAACUAUGGGGCCUAUCGCAUGUUCACCAGCAGUACGUGCCUGAAGCACAUGAUCCUGAAGAUUCGUAGAGAUGCUCGUAACCUUGAGAGGUACCAGCACAACAGAGACCUGGUCACCUUCCUCAACCGCUUCGCUGACGCCCAGCUGGAACUGCCCCGGGGCUGGGAGAUCAAGACUGACCCGCAGGGCAAGAACUUCUUUGUGGACCACAACAGCCGGGCGACCACGUUCAUCGACCCCAGAAUCCCCCUGCAGAACGGUUGCCUGCCCAACCACCUGACCCACAGGCAGCACCUGCAGAGACUACGCAGCUACAGCGCAGGAGAGGCCUCUGAGGUCUCCCGUAGUCGAGGUGUGGCCUUGUUGUCACGGCCAGGGAACAGUGUGGUGGCAGCAAUACGGAGUCAGCAUCCCCCAGACCCAGUGCCACAAGCUUAUAAUGAGAAGAUAGUGGUCUUCCUGCGUCAGCCUGGAAUACUAGAAGUUCUAACGGAGCGCCAGCCAGCCCUGUCCAGGAACCAUUCCCUGAGGGAAAAGAUCCACUACAUCAGAACAGAGGGCACCCAAAGACUGGAGAAACUGGCUUGUGAUGCAGACCUGGUGAUACUAUUGAGCUUGUUUGAAGAGGAAAUCAUGUCAUAUGUUCCACCCUCCUUCCAUCCUGGCUUCAGCUUCUCUCCUCGUUGUUCACCUGGGUCUUCACCACAGAGUUCUCCAGGAAUGUCGAGAGCGAGAGCACCUGCCCCGUACCGGAGAGACUUUGAGGCCAAACUACGCAACUUCUACAGGAAACUGGAGGCUAAAGGCUAUGGCCAGGGCCCAGGAAAAAUCAAGCUUAUUGUCCGGAGAGACCACCUGUUGGAGGGUACCUUUAACCAGGUCAUGGCCUACUCACGCAAGGAACUACAGAGGAAUAAGCUCUACAUCACCUUCAUAGGAGAGGAGGGGCUGGACUACAGUGGGCCGUCCAGAGAGUUCUUCUUCCUGCUGUCUCAGGAGCUGUUCAACCCCUACUACGGCCUGUUUGAGUACUCAGCCAACGACACGUACACCGUCCAGAUCAGCCCCAUGUCCGCCUUCGUAGAGAACCAUCUGGAAUGGUUCCGGUUUAGUGGGCGUAUUUUGGGACUGGCGUUGAUCCACCAGUAUCUCCUGGAUGCCUUCUUCACGCGGCCCUUUUACAAGGCUCUCCUCAGACUAGCCACUGACCUGAGUGAUCUGGAGUAUCUAGAUGAGGAGUUCCAUCAGAGUCUACAGUGGAUGAAAGACAAUGACAUCACUGAUGUGCUGGACCUUACCUUCACUGUGAAUGAGGAAGUCUUCGGACAGGUAACAGAGAGAGAGCUGAAGUCUGGAGGGGCCCACAUUAAUGUGACAGAAAAGAAUAAGAAGGAGUACAUUGACCGCAUGGUGAAGUGGAGGGUGGAGAGAGGAGUGGUCCAGCAGACAGAGGCACUGGUCAGAGGCUUCUAUGAGGUGGUGGACUCACGGCUGGUGUCAGUGUUUGAUGCCAGAGAGUUGGAGCUGGUCAUUGCUGGGACAGCUGAGAUAGACCUCAACGACUGGAGGAACAACACAGAGUAUAGAGGAGGCUACCAUGACAGCCACAUAGUGAUCCGGUGGUUCUGGGGGGCAGUGGAGCGCUUCAACAAUGAGCAGAGGUUGCGUCUGCUGCAGUUUGUGACGGGCACCUCCAGUGUUCCCUACGAGGGCUUCACCGCGCUACGGGGCAGCAAUGGCCUGCGACGCUUCUGUAUCGAGAAGUGGGGCAAGAUCACCGCUCUACCCAGGGCACACACAUGCUUCAACCGGCUGGAUCUCCCUCCGUACCUUUCCUACACCAUGCUCUAUGAUAAACUGCUUAUCGCUGUGGAGGAGACCAGCACCUUUGGCCUUGAGUGAAGGAGAAAGACAUUGUGCAUCCCAAAUGGGACCCUAUUACCUAUAUAGUGCCCUUAGUAUUGCACUAGGGCAGGGAUCAUCAACU